CGCAAAGCGAAGCGAACGGUACAUCCCACAGCCGGCUGCCCACCACGUGACUUUGACUAAUAGACAUGAACUCACUGGAGCAGGCCGAAGACCUGAAAGCCUUUGAGAGAAGACUGACAGAAUAUGUCUCUUGUUUACAACCUGCAACUGGCAGGUGGCGAAUGAUUUUGAUAGUCGUGUCCGUCUGCACAGCCACCGGGGCAUGGAACUGGUUGAUAGACCCUGAUACACAGAAGGUGUCGUUCUUUUCAUCGCUGUGGAAUCACCCCUUUUUCACCAUCAGCUGCAUCACGCUUAUCGCACUCUUCUUUGCUGGGAUACACAAGCGAGUGGUGGCGCCGUCAAUGUAUCCUUAUAAACCUUCCCCUUUUGUUUGUUUUUCUCUUGGGUGGUUAUCACAUUCUUCCUUGACCCUUUUCAUCCACAGCAUAGCCGCCAGGUGUCGUACAGUUUUAGCGGAAUACAACAUGUCCUGUGACGAUACGGGAAAGCUUAUACUCAAGCCGCGGCCAAACAUCCAAUGAGUGUUCGAUUGUGGGUGAUCCGUAAGCGUCGAGGCGACAUUGAUGUCAUCGUGGCGAUGACAUUUUGUCAAAAAGACAGAGAAGGAAGCGACACGGACAUUUUGUAGCUGUGCUUAUGUUGAAGCUGCUCAAUUUCUCCUAACAGUACUUCUGUGUGUUGUGUUAAUUGUGUAUAUUAUGUAAUGUUUCUAUUUUUUUAAAACGAUUUAGUUAAUAAAUAUAACCAUAUA